AUGGAGGUUCUUUCGCCUCGAUCAGUGAAUCUCCCCAUGGCCCCUCCACAGGCCACCAAGAAAACCAAAGCAGAGUCAAGACCAAAGCCCGAAGAAAAGCCAACAAAUCCGGACCGCAUAGACGACAGAUGGAGACCGCCAACCUCGAUCACAGAGCCUGGCUCAUCCCCAGAGACGUACAUCAUGGGUAGGAAAUUGGGAAAAGGAGGGUUCGCGGUCUGCUUUGAAGGAAAGUCGAAAACAACAUCCGAAGUAUUUGCUUUGAAAGUCGUCAAGGCCAAAGUAGAGCAGAAGAAGAUGAUGGAGAAAUUCCGGACGGAACUACAGAUUCAUGCGAAGAUGCACCAUCCCAACAUUGUCGAGUUCCUCCGUGCUUUCACCAUUGACGAGCACACCUACGUCGUUCUUCAGAUGUGUCCCAAUGGAAGUCUGACCGAAAUGGUCAAGGUCCGCGCGUGCCUGAGUCUGCCCGAAGUCCGGCGAUACAUGAUUCAGAUCUGUGGAGGAGUGAAAUACAUGCAUAAACGAUCGGUUAUUCACCGAGACCUGAAAAUGGGCAACAUCUUCCUGGAUGCUCGAAUGAAUAUCAAGAUUGGGGAUUUUGGUUUGGCCGCAGUCAUGGCAGAUGAGCACGAUCGCCGCACAACUCUGUGCGGCACACCCAACUACAUUGCCCCCGAGAUUCUGAGCAAAUCUAGCAAUCGUGGUCACGACAACAAAGUGGACACGUGGGCGAUUGGAGUCAUCUGCUAUGCGAUGCUUGUGGGGACUCCUCCCUUCCAGUCGAAAACUCAGCAGGAAAUUUAUACCAAGCUCAGGACUCUAGAGUACGAAUGGAAGAUUGACAGCAAGAAUUACAUCCCGCAACAGGCCAAGGACUUCGUCGCCUCGUGCCUGAAUCUCAACUCUGCAGAAAGACCCGAGAUGGACGAGCUGGUGGAGCACGAAUUCUUCACCAUGGGAGCCAUUGCUGAUGUUUUGGACAUUUCGUGUCUGAAAACAGAGCCUCUGUGGCUUGAAAAUGCCGAUCCUCGUGGAGACAAGGUAGUAUCUGGUUACGGUAUCGGUCACAGCAGGAUUUGUCGUGAAUGUGGUGUCGGUAUCGGCUCAGAUGGACGCCCUCGUGCUGGAGUCGGUGUGGGUGUAAACAUUUCGACAUUGGUGGAGAUCGAGGCCGAGAACAGAGAGGGCUGUGCUCCGAUGGUUCCCUUGCCGUCGGGCACUCUUUACAGGCAGUUCUCGGAUGCACAUGCCGAAUGGACGGCCCGUCAGCAGCAUCCUCUCCUCCCAUCGCGAGUCCGCAGUCGGAAGCCUAUAGAACAAAAAUCAGAACAACCUGCGGCCUCGAAGCAAUCGAAGCCCGAAGCUGAACUGUUACCGAUUUCUGCUCCGAGAGCACCAUCAACUAUGUCUGCUGCAUCGAGACCCGUUCAGAGCUUUGCGGCACAACAAAGACAACAAGCGCUGCCAGCAGGUGCCGUCCGACGAGCGCUCGUUGACCUCGAAGAUGUUGACAGACCCAAGCAAACACAGCCCACUGAACCACCCCUCCAAGCACUCUUGAGGGAACGUCCUCUAAGAGCGGCCACGAUCCGGACCACGAGAAGCACAACAUUGCGAGAACCAGCAUCACAGAUCUCCAAGACAUUGCCAAGAUCGACAACAGCCCCUGAUGGGGUAGGUGAGAUUGCGAGGCAGACAGUAGGCCAGGCAAGGCCGGAGAGCCGGAGGGUCAAAAGUAGCACAGCCGGCCUUCCUGUGCGGUCGGCUGAUAAGUUUGGAACAAGUGUUCAGCAGCCGGCAGAAUCAGGACAAGCCAUGUUGAUCCGUCCCGGCUCCUCUUCCUCCGGUUCAUCGGGGCCUUUGGAGGAUGUCGGUACUCGGGCAUUGCGGACCACCACAGGAAAUGACUGGAAGAUAGCGCCGGAAAAGCCAGACAAGGAGCAACGCGUUGCACGAGGAGCGCCGCAGUCCCUUGCAACGUCGCGGCUCGAAUCAGUUCCGCAUUCAUCAUGGCCCAAACAUCAGGCCAGAAUCAUUGCCAAAGCGGAUCGAGCUUCGUCAGUGCCUUAUUCGUCGAGUCCGGCCGUUCUUCGUUCUCUGCGAGACUUGCACGCGGCGCUUGAUCCUAGGGGCAAUCUGGAGAAGCGACCAAGAUCAGCAUAUGGCACCCGCAAGGUCCGACCCAGAUCCAAUUACCCCAGAGUCGACAAAUGGGUAGAUUACUCUACGCGGCACGGGAUCGCUUAUAUACUCACUGAUGGCACGGUUGGGAUGGUGCUCAAAUCGUCCGAGGACAACAAGAUGCCUAGCAGCUGCGUUGUGGUCAGGAAUGCAAGUGCUCACACGAUCAAACGAGCGAAAGGGCUCGAGUACCAGUUUGUGCCCCAAGGACCAGACGCUCAGGACGUGGAAUUCUACGAACAGACCGACUACCAGAUGGGGAUGGUCCGUCUCGACGUUCCUGCACGCAACUUCUUACUCGAUCUCCAAAGCCACCCGAGUCAGGUGGCUGCAGCCAAUGCCCUCCAGGCGACACUGUCUGGCGGCGAAGCCGAACGUAUGAAGGAGGUCGCGCUCUUGGACAAGUUUGGGAAGUACAUGAACAAACAAGGCGGCCACGGAGCGACCAGCGAUAAGAAGAGUGAACACUUUAUCCACUUUUACCAACGAGUAGGCAACGUUACAGUGUGGAGGUACACAGACGGCGGGCUGCAAUUCAACUUUCCCGACCACACCAAGAUCACAGUCUACAAGCAGAUUUCAGAGGCGGACAUGGAAGACAGCCAUUGGCAAGUCAACUGCGUGUACCUGAUGCCAACCGACGCCGUCGGCCUUGCAAACCACGGCAUAGUGAGCAGUGAAGCAAUGGAGCGACGCGACGAGUUGAGCUUGCCUCUGGAAGAUAUAAUGGCAGAUUCGUUGCGCCGCUCCGAGAUGGAAAUUGUGCGGACGAAUGAGAUCAAGGAGAAAUUGUGCUGGGUCCGUGCUGUCAUCGGCUGUUGGAUCAAGGAAGGUGGAUUGGGGAGGAUGGGCGAAGAGAGACUCGGGUGGAGUGGUCUGCAGGAACGCCGAAGCGACAAACCGAUGAAGCUGCAAUGGGUGACUGUUGGGAGAUUCGGCGGCGAUGGUGACGGAGUGGCCAAAGAGGAGUCGAGGCAUUCUUGA